AAACGCCAGAUCGCUUCCAUUCGGUGCGCUCGUCUCAUUUCACCGCGUUCAGUUCAGUUCAGUGUUUGACUUGGUCAAAAUGAAAGCCGCCGUCAGUGCAGUGUGUACCGAAAACGGUGUUACCGCCGUGAGCGGUAGAGUGUCAAAGAGGAAGGAUAUCGAGAACGAGGAGAUCCAGAUGUACCUCAGCAAACUCAAGGACCUGGUGCCCUUCAUGCCCAAGAACAAGAAGCUGAGCAAGCUGGAAGUCAUCCAGUACGUCAUCGACUACAUCUGCGAUCUGCAGAGCGCGUUGGAGACGCACCCCGCAGUCAACGCCUUCGACGCCGCUACGGCGCUCAGUCAGAAGAAGUCGCAGGCGGCCGCGAGUCCCAGGCAGCCCCUUGGGGUCAGGCCCAGCCCCAACACCAUCCUCACGCCGUGCGAGGCGCCGAUCCUGCAAAAUAUCACGACUCCCGAGGCCCUGACGCCAUCGGACAGGCAAGUGUCCUGCUGAAUCCUUCCGGGUGAUGUUGAAUAUAUCACGUGAUCAUGUUGUCAUCUCAUUCCAAUUCCCUAAGAAGAGCAACGCAACCAACGGUCCGGGGGGGAGUCCUUCCGUCUUUUUCGUUUUGGAAGAAAAUCACCUCAUUCUGACUACACGUAUUUAGGGAACGACUGAAAUCAUUUAUUUAUAUACAGAAGAGUGAUCUUAGUAAAUAAUGUAAAGGGUGUGAGUGGGACAGAGAGACAGAGAGAGGGAUGCAUAGAGAGCACUUAGUGAUGUACCUGUUUAUGUUGCAAUUUUGUUAUUUAGAUUUUAUUUUAUUGUUUUGUAAAUAUCGUAAAUGAGUAAUAGGCGGGUUUACAACAAUCUUCAUGUACAGUUCUUUGGUGUUGUAUCGAAAUUUUCCACGGAAUUUUGACACUCUGCCACUAUCACGGAUUCUAUUGUAAUUAUUUGAUUAUAAUAUUUGUGAGUUUUUAUCCUGUGAUUUUUUUAGUAUAUAAUUGUGUACAAAUUUAUUACGCGUUGGAUCGCCCAUUUAAGGGACCAUCUGAUGGUUUGUUAGGCCGGGUGGUUCCGACCUAUGUACAUUUCUGUUUAGAAAACUUUGUAAAUAGUUACCCAUAUAGCAACUGAACGUUGUUGAAAAUUUUAUUAUAUUAUAUAAAGAUAUUGAUUUGAAAUAAAAUAUGAUUUUGCAUAAGA